CGCCUCCACUCGUCCGUCAUGCACACGGAGCCCCAAGAUGAGGGACAUGAUCGUCGAGGCCCAGGCUCAUGAAGCUCGGAGUCGCUUCACCGAGUCAAUCAACCAGAACGACAUUCUGAAGCUCGCUUCAUCGUACCGCGGCAAUGAACCCGCUGGGAUCUUUCAUGUACAAACCCCAUUUGAACCUUCUGAAAGUUCUGAUACAUACUUGCCACGUCUUGGGAAUGGGCCUUAUUGUAGAGCGAAUCUCUUCUAAGCCUGAUAUUUAUGCGGUUAUUCCUCCCGCUUCUCAGAGGUAGUAUAAUUCUUGAUCUCC